AAUCGAAAGUUAAAUUAUGUGACACUGGUAUUGCGGACCAGCGGCUAAACUAUCGUGUACUAGAUUUAUUUUGCAAACACUCUGGAAAAAAACUGAUGUUAAAGGUUACAAAUACAGCCUAUCGAUUGUCCCUUGGCAUGUAGGUAAUGUUUGACAUUGAUGAUAAUCUCUGGUUAGCGGAGUCAGUGUACAAGAAUGUUUCAAAUGAUUUUCUGAAAACGAGAAAGGCUAAAUUACGUAAAAACACUCUCCCAUGGAUGAAUAGUAAAAUUAGAAAACUGAUGAAUAAGCGCUGUAAAGCUUUAAUUAUGACACAAAUUUCUAGAGAUCCAGCCGACUGGAGUGUUUAUAGAAGUCUAAGAAAUAAUGUCACUAAGGAAUUAAGAAUGGCUGAGGCGAACUACUGGUCAUCCAAGUUAAAUGAUACUAGAAGUGGCAGCAAGGAAUUCUGGAAUGUUGUGAAGCUAUUGACAUGUAAAUCUGCGAAAUCAAAGCCAAUAGGUCCUAUUAUGAAUGAACACAAAGAAUUAAUUUUCGAAGAUUCUAAAAUAGCGCACACUUUCAACGUUUUCUUUUCAACAAUCGGGACAGAAGGUGCCAAAUCUUUUACACCGAGGGAGGUUAACAUUGAUCCUACUUUUUAAAGAAUUACCCCUUCAACAGGUGAUUAAGUGUUAAGUGACAAAGCUUUUAAAGAUAAAUUCAAAUUGAUCAACGAAAACAAAGCUCAAAAAAUGUGCGCGAAAUGUCGGGUCGCAACAACACUCAGCCACCAUGUUGUCUUCGAUGUACUGUUUUACGAAAGGAAAGACUGUCCUCUCAAAGUCGACAGCGAGGCUACAAUAAACUCACUUUCAUCGUAGAAAUACCUCGAUACCUGAAAGACCACGUUUGUCGAACGUAGCUCCCAAUAUACGUCAUUCGGCUCCAGAAAGCGUGCUGCAAAUGCUGGUUUUAAAGGUAAACAAUUCGGAGAAAAUGCCUUUGUGGCACUUUAAGUGGCACUUCUACAGACCAUUUUGACGCGUGCGCAAACAAAUUGCCCUCCUGUUCUUAGCGCCAGGGACAUGAAAACGAAAUGUUCUCUUAAACUAACAGCUAUUUUGGGUAUUUUUUGGGCGUUGUUCAGUGUUUUUUCCAAUCUUCCGCAACACAAAGAAACUCUUCCUUUUAAAAAAUUGCUAUUUUGAUCCGGAGAAAACAAAUAUCGAUUUUCUUUGUCUCAGGUGUAAUGCCGUAACCAUGUUGUGUAAGUCUGUGGUAUUUUUAAGUAAACCUGACGUCAAGUUUCCAACUUCUGUUAUCUUUUCAGCAUCUUGAACGACAGCAAGUGGGGCUGAUGCAUCUUAUAGGUAUAAUCAAAGACGACUUACAGGACCUUGGUACUGUAGAGCGCGGACUACUUACUGAACCUCCUUCCAGCAAAAGUAUUUCAACGUAA